AUGAAUAAUCAACAGCAGCCGAACCGGCUGAACCUAAACUUUGGCCUUGGAGGCGGUGACCGCGGCAACCAGUUCCAAAACGACGGUCGAGCGUUCCCAACCACUCCCUCGACGUUCCCGCAGCCCGUAUACCCGAACCAGGCCGGCCAACAGGAGGUCUGGGGUGCGCAGCAGCAGCAGGGCAAUGGCUAUGGAGGCUAUUUCCAAAACCCCUACCAGCAGGCCCAGUACCAGGGACAGCAGGGGAACCUCCAGGGCCAGGGUCAGGCACGCUAUGAUGCCAACGGUCUUGCUCAACAACUCUCCCACCAGCAUCUGGGAGGCAACGCUCGCUCUGGAAGCUCGUACGGUCGCCAGGCCUCACCAGGCCAGCAGCGCCCACGCACUGCAGACAACAGGGGACAUGGCUACGGAAACUAUGGCAGCGGCUCUGCGCCUCGAGGAUCUUCGCUGAACGACGAGGAGCCCUUGCCCAAGAACCCGGAGAAGUACUCGGAGAAUGUUGCGAAGCAGGCGACCAUGUCGAAGAGUCUGAUCAACACCUUCUUCAAAGAUAGUGUCCAGCGGGCACGCGACCGGAACCAAAGAGCUCUGGAGCUAGAAUCCAUCAUGAAGGAGCCCUCCAUCUCCGACAACCGCAAAUCACAGAAGGAGCAUAACAUGCGCCGUGCCGAGAUCGAAUACCUACGUUUCCUGCGAACGAAGGAGAAGCCAGAAAACUUCUCGACGCUCAAGAUUAUCGGCAAGGGAGCUUUCGGAGAAGUCAAGCUUGUUCAACGAAGGAACGACGGCAAGAUUUAUGCGUUGAAGUCGCUUGUCAAACAAGAAAUGUUUAAAAAAGAUCAGUUGGCUCACGUCCGAUCGGAGCGUGAUAUCCUUGCCGAAUCUGACAGUCCGUGGGUCGUGAAGCUCCAUACUACUUUCCAGGACAACACUUUCCUAUACAUGCUUAUGGAGUUCUUGCCUGGUGGUGACUUGAUGACGAUGCUCAUCAAGUACGAAAUCUUCACCGAAGACAUCACCCGCUUUUACAUGGCAGAAAUUGUGCUGGCUAUAGAAGCUGUUCAUAAGCUGGGAUUCAUACAUCGUGAUAUCAAGCCUGACAACAUCCUGCUGGACCGUGGGGGCCACAUCAAAUUGACUGAUUUCGGUCUAUCAACAGGUUUCCACAAGGAACACGAUGCUGGCUACUACAAGAAGCUGCUUGCUGGCGGCGCGCACAAGUCAGCUCGGGAUAACCGAAACUCGAUGAACUUGGACCAAAUUCAGUUGACGGUUAGCAACCGUACCCAAAUCAACACAUGGCGAAAGUCGCGUCGUCAACUCGCCUACUCAACGGUGGGCACUCCAGAUUACAUUGCGCCGGAGAUCUUCAGCGGUCAAGGAUACGAUUUUGGUUGCGAUUGGUGGUCUGUUGGUACGAUCAUGUUUGAGUGCCUUAUUGGCUGGCCGCCGUUCUGCGCAGAGGAGCCACACGACACAUACCGCAAGAUUGUCGACUGGCCGCGUAACUUGCACUUUCCACCGGAUCAGCAGCUUGGCGCAGAGGCCGAAGAUUUUGUCAGGCGCCUGAUCUGUGAUGCAGAGCAUCGUAUCGGCCGUAUUGGUGGCGCGAGCGAAAUCAGGCAACAUCCUUUCUUCCGCGGCGUGUCGUGGGAUGGACUGCGCCGCAUUCGUGCGCCGUUCGAGCCCAAAUUGCAGUCCAACGUCGACACGCAAUACUUCCCCAUUGACGAGAUUGACCAGAACGACACCAGCGCUGCGUACAGGGCGCAGGCCGCACAGUCGGGCGAAGAUGAGUACGCGACGAGCUUGCCAUUCAUCGGCUACACGUACAAGCGUUUCGAUGCCUUUAGGGGAUCCUAG